AUGUACAUUGGUUCGUCGCUCGUCAGAAAACCCACAAAGCCCCUCUUGUGGACGAAGCCGGCCAAGCAAGUGGAACUCCCGGAUAUCAAGUCAAUUUGUAAGAAUCGCCAAGACGUUGAAAACGAAAACGACGAGGACAUUUACAACAUCGAGUACAACAUCGAGUACAACAUCGAGUACAACAUUGAGUACAACAUCGAGUACAACAUUGAGUACACCAUCGAGUACACCAUCGAGUACAACAUUGAGUACAACAUCGAGUACAACAUUGAGUACAACAUCGAGUACAACAUCGAGUACAACAUUGAGUACAACAUUGAGUACAACAUUGAAGUGCCGGAAAUCGGCGACAAGUUUUGUUCCGGAAUGGCCCAGAAAGGCACAUGUGGCAUAAUUUACCCCCAGGAAGAUAUGCCGUUCAGCGACAGCGGUAUGACUCCGGAUAUAAUCAUCAAUCCAAACUGUAUUCCUUCUAGAAUGACGAUUAACCAAAUCAUUGCAACUGUGAUGGGUAAACUAUAUACACUACGACCUCAAAAAAAAUUUAAAAUUGCAAAUCCCUUUAUGGAAAACUCAACCACCCUUUUAAAUGAUUUGUGUAAUCAGUUGAUAGAGCACGGAUUUGAUUACAGCGGUUCUGAAGCAUUGUACAACGGGUUUACCGGCAGACGAAUCGAAAGCCAAAUCUUUAUGGGGCCCACCUACUAUCACCGCCUCAAACACAUGGUCAAGGACAAAAUGCACGCACGGUCUCACGGCCAAGUCACAACACUGCACAGACAACCCAACUGUGGCAGAGCACACGGUGGAGGAUUGCGCUUUGGAGAAAUGGAAAAAGACUGUGUUUUGGUGCACGGAGCCACACAAUUUUUAAACGAACGCAUGUUUCUAAAUAGCGACCCAUUUCAAAUAGAUGUCUGCAAAGACUGUGGCAUGAUGAGCAGCACACACAAAAAAUGCCAUAUGGUGUCCGUCUGCACAGAUGUCGAGCACUGGAACGAGCGAAACAUCAACCAGAAGACUGAUUGGUGGAGUCAAUCCAAGAACUAUGAUCGCUCCUAUCAUACCGGCUCCAAUAACAGACAUUACCGAGUGGGGAACUGA